GUGGUAAACACAAAGACAUCCAUGUCCGCUCAGCCCGAGUACUUCCGCACCCAUGCUGUGGAUGCCACCAUCCAGCAUGAGAAGGCCUACCAGCGCCAGACGGCCGUGAAUGAGAAUAUUCACCGCCCUAACAAGAAGCACGUGAACGAGUCCGGCCAUAUCCGCUACUCCAAGAAGAUCGGUCUCGGCUUCAAGACCCCCAAGCUGGCCAAGAACGGCAAGUACAUCGACCGCAAGUGCCCCUUCACCGGAAACGUGGUGAUCCGUGGCCGCAUUCUCCGCGGCGUGGUCCACUCCACGAAGAUGAAGCGCACCAUCAUCAUCCGCCGCAACUACCUGCACUUCAUCAAGAAGUACCAGCGUUACCAGAAGCGCCACAAGUCCCUCGCGGUGCACUGCAGCCCCGCCUUCGAUCCGAAGCCCGGGGAUGAGGUCAUCGUCGGCCACUGCCGCCCUCUCAGCAAAACCGUUCGCUAUAACGUGCUCGAGGUGGUCAGCAAGACGGCCGCGGAUAAGCUUGGCAAGAAGUUCGCCAAGAACUGAUGCGUCACUUGUUUUUACCCAUCAUAACUCGUUUUAUUGUUUAAGCUAAAAAAUUCUACCAUAAACAGGUUUAUGGUUUGUUAAAAUUCUUGUUCGCUGUGUGCAAA